AUCCUAUUUUGAUUUCUUUUCUUUUUUUUUUUCGUUGUUAUUGAUUUUCUUGAAUGAAAAAAAUGAAUAGAAACUAUAGUUAUUUUGAAUGGCGUGAAGGAAAAGUAUAUGUACAUGAGUGGUGUCACCUGAUAUUUUACACCUUCCAUACUCCGUGGAUGCGUCUGCGUUUGAGAGGACAGUCCUUGCGGCUUCCCAGACUGGAAAGGCAGAAUGGCGAUCGAUGCCGCCGACUCCCCUUCUUCCCCUUCGCAAUCUCUGGCACAUUCAAUCGGUCAAUCUAGUCAUUUCUACAUCGCCGUCGAUCGUAUCGAUUACAAAAUGUUGACCUUCGUGGAAUUGUUGGAAGAAGUAGGACGAAGAUCAGGACUUCCUAUGGUAGUUUGUUGCAAUUCUCGCGAUGAGCUUGAUGCUGUCUGCUAUACUGUUUCCUCGCUUCCGUACAUCUCGCUUUCUUCCUUGUAUAGUGAUCUUGGUGAAUCUGAUCGUGCACAAAUACUUGAUACUUUUCGCUAUGCAACCAUCAAAUGGAAUCAAGGUACUGUGCAGUCAACUGGUGGUGAAGAUGUGGAAGAAGAGCUUAAGUCUCAUAUGGUAGUUGUAACUGAUGCUUGUCUUCCAAUUGCUUCAAGUGAAUCUCCUGUUCCUGCCCGUGUACUAAUAAAUUAUGAGCUGCCUUUGAAAAAGGAUGUUUAUAUGCGGCGAAUGGCUGCUUGUUUAGCUCCAGAUGGGAUCGUGAUUAAUAUGGUUGUUGGGGGUGAAGUAGUGACUCUUAAGAGCAUUGAAGAAGCCUGUAAUCUCAUCAUUGCUGAGUUGCCCAUACAAGUGUCUGAAAUUUUGUGACGAAGGUCAUUCUUGGUGGAUGUUCAAUUGGAUUUUUCAGGUGUAGUUUGUGAUCCUUUGCCGAAACCUGAGGAUCAGAUAAAAUUCUCAUCAGAAAGGGCACCUGAUUUUUUAUUUAGUGUGUCCGUUGGUAAUACUAUUAGAUUGUUCAUCUAAACAAGGUCAGCUAUUAAUGAGGAUUGAGACAUCCUGUAUUCAACAAUACAUGCUGCACACUCUGCAAGGUUAGAAAGGGACAGGGAGAGAAUUUAGGAUGUUGUAUGAUCAUCAAUAUUUUAAUCACUUGUAUUAGUAUUAUCUAAAUACACCUACAAAAAACUAAUUGAAACAUGGAAUUUCGGCAGCUGGUCGUCGCUAUUAGUACUUGUAAUAAAAAAGUUUCAGAUUAUAUAUAUUGCAUCAGCUACCAAGAAUCUUUCUCAAUGAAUGAUAAAAUAGACAUGCUACUGAUGUCAUGAGUGAUGGUAUUGUUUUCUGUUA